AUGAACACCAUCGUCGGACGCUUUCUGCCCAAGUUCGAAGCGUCAAUUCUUAUAAUCCACAUCCUAGGCUUCUUUGCCAUUCUCCUCCCAUUGGUGGUCUUGGGUUCGCAUCAGGAUGCUUCCGAGGUUUUCAAAACCUUUCUGAACACCGGAGAUUGGCCUACACAAGGUCUCUCGUUCAUGAUAGGACUGAUUGGGUCUGUCUAUACUUUUACGGGCGCAGAUGGGGCGAUCCAUAUGUCGGAAGAAAUCCAAGACGCCUCUGUUGUCGUGCCACGCUCAAUCAUGUUCACCAUCUUCAUCAAUGGCACCUUGGCUUUCGGUAUGUUGAUAGCGACGCUCUUCAGCCUGACUGAUGUUCAGGGCGCAUUGACUACCCCCACCGGAUACCCAUAUAUGGAAAUCCUGCUCCAUGCCACUGGUUCCGUUGCCGGAGCUACGAUCCUGGCUUCCAUUCUAGUGGUCAUGCAGUACUGCGCUAACGUGGGACUUCUCGCAUCUGCUUCGCGCAUGUGUUGGUCAUUCGCGCGCGAUCGCGGUCUACCCGGGUGGAAAUGGCUGCAGCACGUCGACGCACGCACUUCUCUCCCCAUCCGGUCCAUCCUCGUCACCACGUGUGUUUCAUGUCUGCUUUCGCUCAUCAUCCUCGGGUCCUCAACCGCCUUCAACGAUCUAGUCUCGCUCUCGGUGUCUGGGCUGCAGUCCUCAUACCUCGUCGCAAUCAGUCUUUUGCUAUAUCGACGCUACACCGGAGCGAUACUUCCUCCCGCUUCGUCCGUCGGCUCUUCCGCGGUAGCGGAUAUAAGUGUCAGAUGGGGUCCUUGGCAUAUACCGGGAUACUGGGGUAUCGUGAAUAAUACAUACGCGUGCUGUUAUUUGACCGUCGUGGUAUUUUUUAGCUUUUGGCCAACCCAGAGGCCGGUCACGGCGGCAAAUAUGAACUACGCUGUCUUAAUAACGGGGGCGAUUGUUAUCAUCAGCCUGGUCUACUACCUCGUAUGGGCGAGGAGAGUGUAUACUGGACCGGUGGUCGAGGUCGCGUGA